UGCACCUUUACAGUUGAUUUGUGAUUCCCACAAGAGGAGGAAGAAGAAGAAGAAGAAGAAGAAGUGGGAGGAAUGUGAGGCUUUAGAAGUUUUUUAUCGUGACUUUCGUUCUUUUGUUGAAAGCUAUCUGAUAAAGGCUACAGCAGGAAUUAACCAGUAUAAAUAAAUCCGACCUGUCCUCCAUUUUUCUUAAUAGUGUAGCAUCUGGACUCAGUGGCGUUAGCCUACAAAGCUAGCCGUUGCUACAGUUAGCUUGCUGACAGUAAACAGACCGGACUAUAUUUUAAUUGCUGUGUUUACUCGUGAAGCCGUAAAGGAGCACAAAGCCGUUCAUGGUGUGAAAAAUGUGUAAAGUCCAAAGUGUGAGAGUGUUGGUGAAGCAGCAGCUGACUGCAGCUGUCGAACAGAUACUUGGACUGUUUGAAACAACCAUAACAGAGUAUGAGCAAGAGAUUGGUCGUCUGUGCAGACUGCUGGAAGACGGUACAGUCGUCCAGCAGGUGUUGGUGUGUAAAGAAGAGGUUCUCUCUGAGCAGCAGGACUCAGAGCUCCAACACAUUAAAGAGGAACAGGAGGAAGUGUGGAGCAGUCAGGAAGGAGGGCAGCUUCAAGGACUGGAGGAAGAUGAUGUCACUGGGUUCCCGGUCAAUGCUGUCUCUGUGGAGAGUGGACCACAGCUUCAGUUUACGAGACUGAAGUUAAAGAAGAUGCAGACAGCUGAUGGACUGUUGGUGAAGCAGCAUCUUACUGCAGCUGUUGAACAGAUAGUUGAGCUGUUUGAAAGAACAGUAACGGAGUAUGAGAAGAAACUUUCUCGCUCAAAUGAAGACAUCGACCGUCAGCGUAAACUGCUGGACGCUGUGUUAAAGCCUGAAGUUCGGUUACACAGAGCAGGUUGGUACCCACUGAUCAUACUUGUUCUCAGGCUCUUCUACUGUAUUCUAAUCCCAUUCAGUUCGACACAGUGACACGGGUCGAUAUUGUAUUGUAUUUUGUGCUUCAAGAUUUUCUAUUAUUCCAUUUUUUAAAUUAUAUUUAGACUAUUCGAUGUAUCAUUGAGGUUGCAUUUAUGAAUGAUCCAUAUUUGUAUUGUUUUUAAUGUUAAUCUGAACCAGCUGGUUUCUGUUAAAAGGGACACACGCCCACAAACCAUUUAACGCUGAGAUCGGCUAUGAGCUGAAACGCGUCCAUUCGACUGCCGUUGUGCAAUCCACUAUAUUAAAAAAUAUUAUACUUAUUAGUGAGUGCUGUCGGGUUUUUCUGCUUUGCUGUAAUUUUUUGGACCGGCACCCAAUUACACUUUGAGACUUUUGAGUGAGCACGCCAAGUUUGCUGAAGACUUAUCUCCAUACAACAGUAGUAGCCAGCCGGCCGUGACCUCCCCAAGAUGGCAGCGACGUUGACACAUUGCUGAAACGGGCCAAAGCCGUCAACGAGGUAUCUACUGUGUAUGAUAUCUAUGGUGUAGUCUCACGUGACCAGCCUCCCUUAUUUCAGAAUGGUAGUCUGGGGACAUUCGUCUUUCAUUUUGUAAUAGAAAUGGGCGGGGACAUCCAAACCACAUGACAGCGUUGCCAUAGGUACAGCUUACAGUGGGCAGUAUUAAACAAUCGAGCCGUGGCUGAAUGGCUCUCCAGAAGUCACUUUAAACAGUCCAGAAGUGAAUAAAAAGCAUAAAACAAAUCUCAGCAGUUGCACAUCCGUUGUUGAACGCGAACAAGUGAGAUUGGCGAAUAAAAAAAAACAUGAAAAAACACACUUAAAGGACAGAAAGGGGUCGGAGCUACUGUAACCAGCUGCCACUCGGGCGGCGCCAUCUUGAAAAAAAAAAAAAUGGAUGUCUUCAACAUGUUCCAAAAAAGUUGGGACAGGGGCAACAAAAGACUGGGAAAGUUGUGAAACGCUCAAAAACACCUCUUGUGAAGUGUUUUACAGGUAAACAGCUUAACUGGUAAGAAAUUAUUUUGUAUUACUGGGUAUCGAAGAGGCAUCCUCAAAGGAAGGAUGGUUACUUUGUGAAAAACUGUGUGGGCAAUCAGUCCAACUGUUUGAGAACAACCUUUCUUAAUGAAUUGUAAAGAAUUAAUGGAUUUCAUCAUCAACAAUCUGUAAUAUCAUCAAAAGAUUAAGAAAAUCCAAAGAAAUCUCUGCACGUAAGGGACAAAGCUGGAAACAAAUAUUAAAUACCUGUGACCUUUGACCCCUCAGGCUGCACUGCAUUAAAAACCAACAUGACCAUAUAAAGGAUUUUACUACAUGGGCUCAGGAACACUUUAGUCAGUAAACACAGUUUAUCACUGCAUCUACAAAUGCAAGUUUAGACUCUCAAAUGCACCACUACCGACUUCUCUGGGCCUGAGCAUUCGAGAUGGACUGAGACAAAGUGAAAAAGUGUGCUGUGGGGGCGUUGGUGGCUUAGUGGUAGAGCAGGCGCCCCAUGUACAAGGCUGUUGCCACAGCAGCCCGGGUUCGACUCCAGCCUGUGGCCCUUUGCUGCAUGUCACUCCCCCUCUCUCUCCCCUUCACACUUCACUAUCCUAUCAAUUAAAGGCAAAAAAUGCCCUAAAAAUAUCUUAAAAAAAAAAAAAAGAAGUGUGCUGUGGUCUGACAAGUCCAUCAUGGACGUUGUGUCCUCCAAGCUAAAGAGGAAAAGCACCAUCCAUAUUGUUGACAGCACUAAGUUCAAAGCCAGCAUCUGUGAUGGUAUGGAGGUGUUGUGAUGAUUUGAGGUAUACGUUUUAUUUUAUUUUGUUUGUUAUUUUAUUUUUAAUUUGUUCAGUGUAGGUUUGUCUUGUUAUUUCUGUGGUGCCAGCCAGGUCUCUCUCCUGGCAUGUAAGAUUGACAGUCAAGUUUUAGUUAGUUGUGUUUUUUUCUGUUUGUCUUUUAGUUGUUUGUUUGUUUUAAACCCAGAACCUCACAAAGGAUGUACCUCAUUAAGAAAAUGCACCCUACAUUGAGUGAUAACACAACACCACACAACAAUUUCAAUACCAAGCAGAUUCUAUUAUAGUGCAAUGCAAAAUUAAUCAAUUUCAGUUUUUUUCCCCAUUGAACAUGUGUGGCUCACUAUGAAGCACAAAAUAUGACAACGAAGACCCUGGAUUGCUGAGCAACUUAAGUUCUAUAUCAAGCAAGAAUGGGAAAGAAUUCCACUUUCAACAAUUAGUGUCCUCAGUUCCCAAAUGCUUACUGAGUGUUGUUAAAAGAAAGGUGAUGUCACACAGUG